AUGCUUCAACAACUACUGCUUCAACUACAGCGCCAGCAACAACAGAAAACCACUGCUUCAACAACUACUGCUCCAGAAACCACUGCUUCAACAACCACUGCUUCAACAACUACUGCUCCAGAAACCACUGCUUCAACAACCACUGCUUCAACAACCAUUGCUUCAACUACUGAGCCAUCAACAACUAUUUCAACUACUGCUCCAACAACAACUAAAACUCCAGAGCAACUAACCACCUCUAUUACUGCUAUAACAACCACUGCUUCAACUACACCCACUCAGACAAGUACUACUCUUCCUACUACCACAGAAACAACAACCACAGCUAAAACAACUUCAGCACACCCUCCCACAACUCACACAACAACUACUACAACUUCUACCACAACAACUACUACAACAACUCCUACCACCACAACUACUCCAACAACUACUACUACUACAACUCCCACCACCACAACAACUACUCCAACAACUACUACUACAACUCCUACCACCACAACAACUACUAAAACCACAACUACUACAACCACAGCACCAACUCCUUUACCCACACCCAUCGCUACCACCACAACAACUACAACCACAACUCGCAAAACAACUACUACUACGACUCCUACCACCACAACAACUACUAAAACCACAACUACUACAACCACAGCACCAACUCCUUUACGUCCUCCCCCAACUCUUGACCUAGUGGUUGUUAUCGUGGUAGUGUACACGCCACAACUUGCGGACCCCACAUCUACAGAAUUCAAAGUAUUGGCUGACAGAUUUGUCAAAAUGUUAGAAUGGAUCUACAAAGCAAUGUAUGGUGUUCGUUUUGUCAAGGCCAUUGUUCUCGCCUUCAGCUAG